AUGGCACUCGUCGCGAAAGUCUUGCUACAUUUCACAGAGUCAGUCGCUUGUUCGUCCAGAGCUGCACAGACAGCCACAGUACCUCCACGUCCUUGGCCCACGCAGGUCCUGGCCAAGACGGACGUAACCCAGGCGUCCAGCACCGCUGCCCAACAAACGGCGCCAUGGCCCUCGAAGGCGCGAAACGACAAGGCGCCAAGUGGACAAAUUGCGCGCAUGGGCUCGGCAGAUGCGCCUACCGAGCCGACUGUGCAACGAACCGAGGCAGCGAUGCCGACCGAGAAGGCCGCCACGCCACCACCUACAUCAUCGGCAUCAGCACCCGUUAAACCAACAAGUUUGCAAUCGUCACCAGCAUAUUCCCCCUCACAACCUCCGCAGCUGACUUCUGACGUCCCCUCUGUCCUACCCGCAACAGCCUCGUCAACAUCUUCGUCCUCUCCAACGCCCUCACCCACAUCUUCUACCGAGACUUCGUUGUCAUGGGACAAUUACGAUCCUGCAAAUGAGCGCACAAAACCACUUCGUGCUACACGUGUCCCGUCGUCGCGAAUUGGACGUCUCCUCCAUUAUGGGAGUCUAGGCGCUGGUCUAGCUUGGGGAUCAGCUGGUGAAUACAUGCGGCGAGCGACUUCGGGCUUUACUGCGCACCAAGACGAUGCGGGUACAACUGGUGAUCGAAGUGCUGCGCCAUUGUUCUUGUCUCCGCGUAAUGUCGAGCGGCUCGUUGACAAGCUCAGCACGAUGCGUGGUGCGGCUCUGAAACUCGGUCAGUUCCUGUCGAUUCAAGAUAGUCACAUGUUGCCACCACAAGUAGAAGAGGUGCUGCUCCGUGUGCAGAACUCUGCACACUACAUGCCGGCGUGGCAGCUGGAGCGGGUCAUGAGCGAGGAACUUGGCUCAGAAUGGCGCGCGUACUUUGCAUCGUUUGACGAGCGUCCCUUUGCCGCUGCGUCCAUUGGACAAGUCCACAGUGCGGUCCUUGCUGAUCCAUUUCCAUCACAGCCGCACCUUGCCGGCAAGCGUGUCGCUGUCAAGGUCCAGUUUCCGGGUGUUGCAGACUCGAUUGUAAGUGACUUGGCCAACAUCAAGUGGUUGUUGACGGCAUCGGCACUUCUUCCUCGGGGAUUGUUCCUCGAGAACUCGGUGCGUCAGCUGCAGCAAGAACUGCAAGAAGAAUGCGAUUAUAUGCGCGAAGCUGAGAUGGGCCGCCAGUUCCGCAAGCAUGUGGAUACGAUGUCGCGUCCGUUUGGACGCUUGCGGUUUGAAGCGCCAGAAGUCGUUGAUGUUCUCUCGACACGACGCGUGCUAACGACCGAGUUCAUGCGCGGACGCCCACUCGUUCAGGUGGCCCAGCUGGACCAGACGACGCGCGACAUGAUUGCCGAGUCGGUCAUGGAGCUGAGUCUGCGUGAACUUUUCGACUGGCACAUGAUGCAGACAGACCCAAACUGGACAAACUUUUUGUUCCAUGCAGACCGCCAAGCGAUUCAACUCAUUGACUUUGGUGCUACACGCGCUUAUUCGAGCGAGUUUAUUACUAUGUGGCUGGGUCUACUACGUGCGGCCGUAUCGGGAGAUCGAGUAAUGUGUGAGCGCUGGAGCAAAGACAUUGGCUACUUGAGUGGGAAUGAACCAGAGGUACGUAUGUGCGAGGAGGGGACUCAGGGGCUCCUUUUCCCACCUUCCGUCUUUCUUCUCCUAUGUUCCAAAUACUAA